AUGCAAAUAUUGGAGGAGAAAAUGGACAUUAGGGAAAAGUUAGCUACUGCUAAGUUAAAUGAAAUAAGCCAUGCUAAGAAACAAACAGAGACAUUUGUUCAAUCAUUUCAAGAUGCUCAGAUACGGGAUCAAACAAGAUUUAAUAAAUCGUACCAGGAAAUUGUGGAACAUUUUAAAACUCAGGCCAACAACGAAACUGAAAUUUAUGGAAAUCAUAUGAAUUCUUUGCUGAGAUCUUUGUCUUCAACAAUCGAAGUGUUCACUGAAGCUGAAAAGAAAAGGAAAAGUCUUACGGAGUUAAUGCAGCGCACUCUUCAGCGAGAGCAGAAAAGAUUCAAUUCCUCGUAUCAUCAGAUUGUGGAAAACUUUGGAAGUAAUUCUAACAAGACGUUACAUGAUUUAAUUGUGAAUCUACAGAAAGGUUAUGAAGAAAUGGUAAGGAAACGAGACCCAAUUGCUUUCUCGGCAUAUCGGACAAGUCCUUUAACUCUUCAACAAGGUCGGAAAGUUAUAUUUGAUAAAGUCUGGACCAAUGUAGGAAAUGGAUAUGAUCCAAUCACAGGAGUAUUUACAGCUCCACGGGCUGGACUUUACCACAUUACUGGCCUUAUUCUGUCUAAUACUGACGGAAGCUUCUAUUCUAGACUUUAUCACAAUAAGGUGGUUGCAUCUGGAAGUUAUAUCACCGGUGACGGUUACAAGACUGGGACAUUUGAUGUCGUAUUCAGUCUACAGAAGGGAGACGAAGUAUACAUUGCGGGUUAUCAUGGUACUUAUUAUUCUGAUAUGAUCUAUAGUGACAGCGAAAUACACGUUACAUUUUCUGGACACAGUGUUGCGUAG